GUCAUCCCAUUACAGAAUAUUCUGUUUGAAAUGACGAGAAGAAAGAUAGCGAUAGAGAAAAUAGAGAACGUAGCAGCGAGGCAAGUGGCUUUCUCAAAGAGAAGGAAAGGUCUAUUCAAGAAGGCCAUGGAGCUCUCUACUCUCUGUGACGCUGAGAUUGCACUCUUCGUGUUUUCUGCUUCUGGCAAACUCUUUGAUUACUCUAGUACAAGCAUGAGGCAGGUUAUUGAAAGGAGAAACUUGUACUCGGAUGUGAACCUUGUCAAGUCAUUGCCAGCCAUCCCAAGAGUUGCAGGUAAUUAUACAGGUUGCAGGUGAAUAUUUCAAGCUAAACAAGGAACUAAGAGAUAAGACUCUCGAAGUGAGACGGCUCAAUGGAGAAGAACUGCAAGAAUAGUCCUUAAAAGAUAUAAGAAAACUAGAAGAUUUACUUAGCACAAGCUUGCAUCGAAUUUCAAAAGCAAAGGUUUGCCUUUUUCCCUUUUUGAGAGCACUAUUUUUAUUUGUAUGGUUUACAUUAUCAGCAUUUGAUCUCUCCGCUUUUUAGUUUUUCAAUGUAGCAACAUAGAAUAUGAGAAAUAAAUGACGUAAAAAUUAUAUAUGGUGAAGAUCUCAAUAGGUUAAAUUGAUAUUGCAUUUUCAAUAUAAAGGAGGGAUUAGAUCACGUGGAAUUAUA